AAAUAUUUCACAUCCCACGAUCAAAAUCCAUGCUUCAAGGUAUGGAGCACUCUCCAUCAAGAUUGCUAGCUUAUAAAGAGCAUCAACAUAAAAAUCAAGUUGGAGCAUCAAUGGGGCCAGGAAUAAACUUAACUGCUAAAGAUGGAUUGUUUAUCGCAACAGAAUGCCAUUUGGCAUUGCUGCCAGAUGAAGAUGGGGAUACAGCGUUGCAUCUAGCUGUUGUACAAAAUGAUAUCGAAGCUUGUAAAAAGGUGCUCAAACUUUUCCAUAUUGCUGGAAAAUCCAUUGAUGUAAGGAAUAACUUACUGCAGACGCCACUACAUGUUGCCGUUAUUACAAAUCAAAAAGAAAUUGUCAAAUUACUGCUAAACCACAAAUCGAGUCCUCAUAAUCCAGACAGAUUUGGUUCAACUGCAUUUCAUCUAUGUGCCAAAUAUAACCAUGCUGAUUGCCUCAUCGAAAUUUUACAAAAUACAGUAGAGAAAGAUCGACAUCACCUAAACAUUCGUGAUUAUGAAGGUCUUACAGCUCUCCAUGUUGCUGUCAGGCAUGGAUCAGUGGCAACAUUCAAAGUACUUGUUGCAAAUGGGGCUGAUAUAGAUGCAAAAGAUAAUAAGGGCGGGAGAACACCCUUGAUAUACGCCAUUGAAAUGAAUGAAAGAAAUAUUGUAGAGAUGUUGUUGGAGUGUGAUGCAUCAGUAAGCCAACAGACCUACAGUGGAGAUACUGCUUUGCAUAUUGCGAGUGGAAGAGGGUUGCAAGACAUUGUUCGAUUGUUAUUAAGACGAGGUGCUGACGCGACAAUGAAAAAUACUCAUUUGGAAACUCCACUGUCACUUGCCACAUCACCAUCAGUCACAGAUAUAUUUCGGACACAGUAUAAUUCAACACAUUCACCUGAAGUGAAGCCAUUAACAACUGCAGAUAGUCAAUAUGCUUCGUACGUUGCAAGAAAUAUGUCCGUUCCAAUGCCACCGCAAUUUUUAAAUAGGUUUAGCCAUGAUAAAGAUAGAAAAUCACAACCCAUAAUUCCACAACCAAUCAAUAUGAAUGAUAUGAAGAUGAAAAUGAAGCCGAUCAAAAGAGAACACAGAGGAUUUGAAAAUGAUGACCAAAUACCUGCUAAAAGAAUGGCAGAGAAUUCGUUACAUUCUUCUACAAGUCCCAAUACUACUGUUAUCAUACCAUUUCACCAAUCCUAUCAUCCUGUUAUGAGUCCAGUUAGAUCAAGAGACCAAGUGAUGGUAACCGAGUCGCCCCACCUGUCUCAAGGAAUGCCAGUCAAACAAGAAUAUAUUGAGAUAUUACCUGCUGAUUCAACUCCAAAUAUCCAGUUUGAUGCAAGUAAACCAGAUGAUGAAACUCUGAAGAAAGACAUGGAAACUGCUGAAGAGGUUGAAAUAACAUUAGAAGAAGUAGAAGUUUCAUCAGAAGAAGUUGUGCCAUCCAAAUCAGAUGGGGAAGAAAAAGGAGUAGAAGCAUCAUAUGCUAUUGUGAAACAAGAUGGAUCAAAAACCUCAGAGUCAAUUACCCGGGCUGAAUCACCAGAACCAGUAUACACUCAUAAACUGAUGCAAUAUAGUACACAUAAAAAUUCAGUGGAUCGAAAACCUAACAACAACACCACUGUUUUGAAGAAUGCUCUCGAUUCCAUUGGAGAUUCGAAACCUGUAAUAGUACAGAAACAACCACAGAUUGAUGUUGCGACGGCACUCUAUCGAUCAAAUUACAACCUAAAUCCAAAUUACAAGAAUUUUACACCAAGUACAUCCCCCAUGUUAAUCACAUCUUCUCAAGAAAUCAAGUCAAAGUCCGUUCCGAAUAGUCCGCAACCACAACCAGCCGAAGCCAAUCUUUACCAAUUGGCAAGAGAAGGACUUGCUGUUGCUGCCAUGGCUAAUUCAUCCAAUCAAAUUCAAUCUAACGCCAGGGAAUUCGGAAUAACUAAUUACUUGAAAGCAAGGCCAUCUAGACAGGCCAAGAUCAAGGCCGGUACAGAAGAACUCCAAAAUCUUGCUCUACAAGGAUUGGCAGUUGCAGCUAUGAAUGCUAAAUCUGAAGAACUUUUUGGGAAAAAACAGCACUCCGAAGAAAACGAAACUACGACAAAUGUUGCUACUGUCCCGAAACACCUCACCCAAGUUUUGACCCCAGUCGUGAAAAAGGGCCAAAUGCCCCCCCUUCAUCGGUCGAAUUCAUUACCCCCAAAACAUUACUAUGACCAAGAAAUGAGUUCAAAUAACAACAUGUUUACUGGUACAAAUCCCUCUGGAAGCGUGCAAUCCAAUCACCAUUUGCUAGCAUUGGCACAUGCAAAUGCCCGCAAAGAAAAUGUCGGACAAGCGGUGUCUGCAAUUUCUAUGGGUAGGGCGCAAGGAAAUGCAAAUCAUGGUCCGAAAUAUCAACCUGGUACGUCGGGCGUCCCAGCGAUGAUAGACAAAGUUUCUGAAAAUACGAAACUCAACUUGCGACAAGCUAUCAUGGUUAAAAAUAAUUCUCCAUCAAUGCCGCAAAAAGGACCAAUAUUGCCGUCUGUAAUUCCUCGGAGAAUUGUAACACAUCCUAUCAAAGUACCGACAGCUAUGAACAAUAAACCAUUGACACCACCAGUGGGGAAAUUUCAAGUGCCAAAAAGUCCGUUAGCUGGUAUUCCUCUUGCAUCACCAGCUCGUAAUAUAGUAACAACAACAACAACAACAAUGCCUCCCAGCUCUGAUCUUGAAUCGAAAUCAAGCCCUGUCAGCACUAUCUCUUCGAAAGUAUUAAAUAUAACAAUACCAAGGAAAAUAGAAGUACCACCACAAACUCAAAAUUCCUCUAUCGAGGAAAAUAUAACAAAAAGCCAUAUGGUAUCAUCGACACAAACAGUUUUGACCAAUCCAACAAUAGUCCCGGUACCUCCACAAUAUGUUAAAGUGACUAACGCAGCACCUACCAAUACCGUUGCUCCAUUACAAAUGCUGAUGAAUAAAGGAGUACCGUUAUCGUCAAGAAAAACCGAACAACAGACCCUAGUAUCAACUGUCGGAAUCGCACCGAUUGUAGCAUCACGAGUGUCAAACCAUUCUAGUUUAUCAGCAUCCUUGCCACAAGAAAAUGCGAAAAAUAUCGCAGUGUCUGGUACUAUCACUGCUCCGUCAGUUGUACCCCAUAUGGUACCGCCAAGUCUUACCUCAACGUCGUAUUUAAGUGCCAUCGCUGGUAGUUCAGGCGUCACACAUUUGCCUGUAGAACUGCAGUCACAGUCUAUGAUUAACCCUUUAACGAAUAUAAGCCUAGUUGGUCCGCAUGCUGGAUCGUACCUGCAGCCUCAAAUCGCUUAUGCCCCAUAUGGGAAGGAUCUAAUUCCUGUGUUAAUUCACGGUGGACAUGCGGCGGCUUUACAAGCCCAAUACGCAUUGCAAAUGCAAGUGUCACAAGCUGUGAAAAAGGAAUCCGCAAUUAUAUCAACAGCGACACCAAGUGUGCAAAUUAAUCCUGCAUAUCUGGGCAGCGUAGGGUCGACCAGAUUACCUACCCUAGAUCCAAAUGUUUUAGGUAGGAUCCCUAUGUCGCUGCAUGAUGCACAGAUGCGAGGUCUGUAUCCAAUGGCAACACCAGUUUUGGGAGGUCAUCAUAUGGAUUUAUUGCAACAACAACAAUAUAUUAGACAUCUGUAUCAACAACAAAGUUUAUUGCUUCAAAGCCAGAGCAAAGUUCCAAUGACAGAUAUUAACUCGAUGUCACCAGCUGUCACAAGUGUGGCACCGGCACAAAAGCCUGUGGCAGCGGUAUCUGCAGUCCCAGUACCAAAGCCUGGGAACCAUGAUCUUAAAUACAAUACAACAAGAGCCAAGAUGACAACAUCUCCUAAUGUUGAGGAGCAACCACUUAAUCUCAGUACAAAGAAUAUUGACCAACCUUUGAAUUUGAAGAAAAAUUAUCCGACUGUAACGCAGAGCUCAAGUUCUAUUAGAAGUUCAGUAAUAAAGGUGGCAUCUUCAGUUCAAAAUGAACAACAAAAAAUGACAGAGGAUACUCUAACAAUGUCCACCACUGUUCAUCAGUUAUAUCAACAACGACCACAAUCCCAGCCGACAAGCAUCAUGUCCGCACUCGGAGAGCGACCGGUUUAUCCCAGUGUUAUUCUCCCUCCACCUAUUAUGUUGCCUGGGACUGUUCCCCAAUCUUUACCCUCCGGUUCUGCGUCACUUUUGCCCCCUAUACAUUAUGUCAACUAUUUCGGACUUCCUCCGCAGAUGUGAAAUAAUCGCAGCGAUGUCCUAUUACAGGGGUGCUGAAAUAUUGUGUAUUGAAGUGCGAAUGUUUUUUUUUUCCUGUUUCGGAUUCGUAUGCUUGAAUCAGAUAGCAUUAGAUUGAUAAGAAAGAAAAUGACAGGUGUCUCAAACUUGUGUGAAUCUUACACGAAUACUUCAACUUUGCCCAAAAAAUUUUCUUCAUUUUCGUGGGAGUAAUUAAGAAAUUUGUGGUUGCUGUUUUUUGGGGGGUCACCCUGUCUAAGCUCACUGCUCUAUUGAUAUACUCCGCUUCCAUGCUUUGCCCCACAUCUGACCCAACUCAGAACAUUGGCACAAAAGACAUGAAAAAGGGGGACAAGUGAGGCAUCUUUGAGCCACUGGAAAAGGACAUGUACAUUUCGCAAGAUAUUUUAGGUCUUACAUAUCAGCUGCAUCUUUAGACCCUCAUUCUAAGCAAAAAAAUGAAAAAAAAAUUGUAUUAUUAACUUAAGUGUUAUGGAUUUUUUCAAACUUUAUAUGCAAGCGAAAAAUGCAUUCAUUAUUUCUACACAGAGCUUGAAAAUUAUACAACUUUUGACGAUUGACAUGCGAAUGUCGAAUCUAGUGUAGUUUCCUACCUCAAGUACUUCUGGUGGGCGUAGCCCAACAAUUUUCACCUAUGUCAAUCCUAACACCACUUGACUGCGACAUCCAAAAAUUAGGUCACUACGAUGUCACAGUGACAUAAUAAUGCCUUUAAAACUAUACGAACUGUCAUCCAAGAUGCGUAGACAAUCACCCGAAAUUGAGCAAGCUAUCCUUUUGUUUUCUCGUCGCAACGCCAUUAGUGAGUUCUUCAUCACCGGCCCAGAUGCCAACGGGCGAUCGUAGUUAAUCUUUGGCAAGCUCUAUGGCGUGAUUGUGAUGUUGUAGUGACAUGUAUGCCGUAGUCAGGUGGGGGACUGAGGGUUAUGAUUGGCAUGUGCAAAAAAUGUUAUAGAAGUACCCACUAGAAGUACUUGAGGUACAAAACUACACGAGCCCCUAAAUGUCUAUGUAUCAUUGUAAAAAGUCUUUGUUUUAGAUGAUUUCCAAUUUAUUUCAUAUAAAAUAAGCUAGAAAUAUUAUAAUGUCUCGUGAAAUUUUAUUCUUGUAUUGUAAAUUUUUAUGUUUAUGUAAUUUGUCAUGAAUUAGAUAUAUAUAUCUUAUUUUUCUAAAUUUCCAAACUGUUUGGUAGAUAUUCGAACAAAACAUUACAUAAAACCUAAAAGGGUUACCUUUGUACUGAUUGUAUUCCGCCUUUUUUGUUUUGUUCUUGCAUUCUUUUUGUGCCAACUUGAACCAUAAAGUUUAUUUGUCUGCUGAACUUGAGGGGCUGACAAGUACGACUUAUCUUUCUUUUUUCAGUAAAAUUUUUCAGGGAUUCUUGAUACCACUCGUCAAUUUUUAAAAUUUUAAAUUUGGCGACAAUUUAGUAAAAUGUCUUAGGCCGACUCACUGAAGGCAAGCAUCUGGUUCAGUUGUAGUAUUGACUUUUGGAAUGUCUGCCUCGCCAUGCCUGGAGGUUGAAUACCUCUUUGAGUGGCAUCUUUGCACUAAGAUUUCAAUUGACUCGAUUUCGCUCAAGUCUUUGCUGAACUUGAUAAACUCAAUCUGAUGCUUUUUGCUCUGAACAAAGCCUUGUACAAGCAGCCACUGAUAUAAAUGUUGGUAGUCACUGUUCAUGGAGUGACCAAAAUCUUUCUGAUUUGGCAUUGCUAUUCUCACAUUUUUAAUCUGGCUGAGGUGGUGGCUAUGACAUUUGAACCUAGUCUAACGCUUUCACCAUUAGGACAUUGCCCAAGUCAGUUACUUUUUGGGAACUCCAGAAUUAUGUGUACCAAUAUGGAGGUAACUAAUUUUAUUCGCUUACUUUACAUCAAGUUGUGUAAAAGGACUGAAACCUAUGGGCAGGGGGUAUAUUCAAUUGGCUAACACAGACAGUCCCCGAACUCGUAAUAUAACUAAAAUCGGAAUAAAAUUAUGCCCUAACCUGGUGCACACACUACGGCAGUUCCUUGUUUGUACAUAUUGAAAUAUAAGUAACCUCUUAGCUAUAUUACUUCAUUUCAGCUGCAUUUAGUAAACAUAGAAUAGCAGCAAGAACAAAUUUACGGUAAUCAUAAGAUAAAAUUUUGAAUCUAGAAUUUUCUAGUCCUCGUAAACUUUUCGUUCAUUUUUGAUUUGCAGAUGUGUAUAUUUUUCUUUGUACAGUAUAAUUUUAAUAAUUUUUGUGCAUUCAAAACAUGCCAAGAAAAAUAGUGGGAACGCUGUAUUGUGAAA